AUGAUGCAGCAAAUUCUACAAGAUAUGUACAUUGAUCCAGACCUGCUUAGCGAGCUGAACGAGGAGCAGAAGCAGAUCCUCUUCUACAAGAUCCGAGAGGAGCAGGUGCGCAGAUGGAACGAGAGGGAGAGCCGAGACCCCAUCCAAAGGAAGAGUGGGCGUAGAGGCAUCCAGUGGCUGCUUGGUGUUGAUGGUGAGGUGUGGGUAUGGGUAAUGGGGGAUGCCCCAGGAGACAAGACUUAUGAUGACAUUGUGGAAAAGCUGAUGGAACAGAGAGCCAGGAAGCAAGCCCAGUUAGAAGCAAUGGAGCUAUGGCGUGUGAAGGAAGCAGAGAUUGAAAAGAAGUUUCGGGACGCCAUGGCGAAAGAGAAGGCACGCUUUAUAGCAGGAAAAUGGAAGGAGGAGAUGGAUGACAGAAAGGCAGCCAAGCACGAAGAGGAGGAAGAGGAUCGUAUUCGAGAGGAGCUAAAGAAAUGUGAACAAGAAGAGAGGCAGAAAGGCGAGGAGGAAAUCAGACAGACAGAGGAGCGACGUGCGAAGGAGCUGUUCAUCUCUCUGAAGCAGGAGGGAAAGAAAAGUGAGAGGGAUGACGAACAAUGGCAUGAACAAUUGCGCCGCUCCAAAGCGGCUGAUGAGCAAAUGAAGUGCAAGGCUCGUCGUGCCAGAGAUGAAUACAAACGCCAGUCUCUGCGAGCCAUCGAGAAGGGUUUAGUGGCAGGAAUUAGUGGACUGUUCCAGAGGACACAUCGAAACGGCUCGGGUCAGAAACGACGCCAAAGUGCCGUCAUCGAACAGUUACCCACUUCUCCUGUUGAAGCUAGCCAACCACCAGCUUCUGUUGGAAGUGCAUCCGCGACUGUCCAAUGCCGACGCAGACAGAACCGCAGAUAUAGCAGCCCAGCAACACAGUCGAUAACACAGGGCUCAACGUGGAUUCGGCCAACUAGGCCAACGUCUCGUGACUCCAUCAUACGCUGGUUUAAGGAGGAGCAGAGACCAAGAAGAGCAGGAUAUGAGAGAAGCAGUAACACCAUCGCCCCAUGGUUUCAUGGGAUCAUCUCACGUCAGGAGUCAGAGUCCCUGCUAAUGAACGCCUCUGAGGGCUCCUUCCUAGUCAGGGUGAGCGAGAGGAUCUGGGGAUACACUCUGUCCUACCGUACAGCCUCUGGCUAUAAACACUUCCUUAUUGAUGCUUCAGGUGAUUUCUACAGCUUCCUCGGGGUGGAUCAGAAUCGGCACACCACCUUAGCAGACCUCGUCGACUUCCAUAGGGAGGAAGUGAUAACCACAUCUGGAGGAGAGCUACUGCAGGACUCGUGUAAGAUGAAAGGCACUACGCCAGAUUAUGGAGGACUUUUUUAGUGAGCUUUUCCCUCCGU